GUCUUCAAAGUUUCACCUUUCUCCAAAGGCAGAAGUGAAGAGCUUGAUCUCUUACGUGGUGAACAAGACAAAAGUGAUUAAUGGGAAAUACCAUCGCUUCUUGGGUCGUCAUUUCCCCCGCUUCUAUGUCCUGUACACAAUCUUCAUGAAAGGAUUGCAGAUGUUGUGGGCUGAUGCCAAAAAGGCUAGAAGAAUAAAGGCAAAUAUGUGGAAGCACAAUAUAAAGUUUCAUCAACUUUCAUACCGGGAGAUGGAGCAUUUGAGACAGUUCCGCCGAGAUGUUACCAAGUGUCUUUUCCUAGGUAUCAUUUCCAUUCCACCCUUUGCCAACUACCUGGUUUUCUUGCUCAUGUACUUGUUUCCUAGACAACUACUGAUUCAACAUUUCUGGACCCCAAAACAACAAAUUGAUUUCUUAGAUAUCUAUCAUGCUCUCCGGAAGCAGUCCCACCCAGAAAUCAUUAGUUAUUUAGAAAAGGUCAUCCCUCUCAUUUCUGAUGAAGGACUCCGGUGGCAUCUGAAAGAACUGUGCACCAAGGUACAGCAUGGUACCCACCCAGCAACCCAUGAUAUCCUGGCCCAUCCUCUGGGAAUGAGUCAUCUCCAGGCUUCACAAAUGAAAGCCUUGAGCAGGACCAUGCUUCUCACACCUUACCUGCCUUCUCCCUUGUUGAGAUACCGUUUGAAGACUCAUACCACUGUGAUUCACCAACUGGACAGGGCUUUGGCAAAGCUGGGGAUUGGCCAGCUGACUGCUCAGGAAGUGAAAUCAGCUUGUUACCUUCGUGGCCUGAAUUCUACCCAUAUUGCUGAAGAAAGGUGUCGAACAUGGCUGGGUGAAUGGCUGCAGAUUUCCUGCAGCCUGAAAGAAGCUGAGCUGUCCCUCUUGCUGCACAACGUGGUCCUGCUUUCCACCAACUACCUUGGGACAAGGCGCUGAGUGACACAUGGAGUGAAUGGCGUUGUCCUGCAGUCACAAGGUCUAGCGAUGUGGGACCAAGCAGCACUUGUCAACAGAGUCUGUGUGCACUGUUAGGUGUGUGGGAGGCAGAGGAGCACGUGCCAUGGUCUCCAUGGUGUGGCACCACAUGGGAACCACAGGAACUUCCCUCACAACUCGCAUUCAGUCCGUUUUUCCAGGGGUGGCCCAUGUGAGGUGCAAUCCUGUCUUCAUAAUUAUCUGGAGCUGGCAGCAACUUCUGCUGGCCUCUUACUGUGAUGUGUUAAAUCCUAGGAAGUCACUUUUUGCCUCACGUGGGAAUCCUCAUUUGGCCUAGGACUCCUCCACUACCAUAUUCUUUAAGCUUUUUGUUUGUUUGAAGAAUUUCUUGCUGGCGAGAACAGCACUGUUAGGCUAGAGCGUGUACAUUCUUGCAUGUUCUUCAGUGCUCCCCUCAGUCCUUUCUGAUAAGACCAAAAACUAGGGGGUUUUACUUUGGUCCUCCUUACUGGCAUGACCUAACCACUUGCCCUUUCCUUUCUAAAUCCUUUGAACACCUUGACCGUGUGUAUGUGUUUGUUUUUUAAUAACUUACGGGAACAUUCUAAUGGAAAAGAUAAAACAAAAUACAAGCGCUUCUUAACCACUUCCCUGGCAUUUAGCCUUCACUCUCAGUCUUAAUUUCUGGGCUAUGGUAUAGCCACCCUUGGCUACCUCCACUGUGUUGCAGUGAUCCCACUGUAAGUGACAGUGGCUGCCUCCUUUAGGCCAUGGAUCAAACUCUUAAGGUACUAAUUACCUGCCCAGCCAGGGAGACCAGGAAAUCUCUGUAUCAAGAUAGUAAGUUAGGUUAACUUUUGUGUGUGUACACCAGCGACGCAUAGUUCUGUAAUAAGUCAUUAUAAAUGCAUAAAGCACUGUUUCUAAACCUAAGUAAAGACUGCCUGAAACCAGUUGAUGGAAAUGA